AUGACCAAUCUUCAGCAGCACACAAUAAUUCACACUGGAGAGAAGCCAUUUUCCUGUCAAGAAUGUGGAAAAGGAUUUACCACCAUUGGCAGCUUGCGUAAACAUAUAACAAUUCAUACAGGAGAGAAGCCCUAUUGUUGUUCAGAAUGUAGAAAGCAAUUCCGAACAAUGAGCAGUCUUCAGGAGCACAGAAGAAUUCACACUGGAGAGAAGCCAUAUUGUUGUUCUGACUGUGGUAAGCGAUUCCAACAACAGCAUGGUCUAAGGGCCCACAGAAGAAUUCACACUGGAGAGAAGCCAUAUUGUUGUUCGGAAUGUAGAAAGCAAUUCCGAACAAAGGGCAAUCUUCAGGAGCACAGAAAAAUUCACACUGGAGAGAAGCCCUAUUGUUGUUCAGAAUGUAGAAAGCAAUUCAGAACAAUGAGCAAUCUUCAGGGGCACAGAAGACAUCACACAGGAGAGAAGCCACAUUAUUGUCCAUAA